CUCAUAGCCUACGAACAGGUUUGCACGAAAUUGGCCGAAACCAAACGGCUGUGAAGAAAGUUUCAAAAUGCACGGCCGUAUAAAGGUACGUACUACAGCAGAACAGGCGGAAGCGAAACGCAAGGAGCGGGAGAAGAAACUGGAAGUGUAUCAGAAAGUUACAAGUAAAGUGAAUGCCAAGCGUAAAAAUGGUGAACUUGAUGAAGAAGCUCUCAGCCUAACCGGUCAGUUGCUACAUGCCAAUCCAGACUUCUAUUCACUGUGGAAUUACAGGAGAGAAGUCUUAGAACACCUGAAAAAUGAAAGGGAAACAACACAACUCAAAGAAUUUUGUGUGAAAGAAUUGUCCUUUUUGGAAAGCUGUCUGCCGGUGAAUCCAAAGUCAUAUGGGAUAUGGCACCAUAGAAGUUGGAUAAUGUUAUUCAUGCCAGAGCCAGACUGGAAGAAGGAGUUGCACCUUUGUACUGUUUACCUUAGUUAUGAUGAAAGAAAUUUCCACUGUUGGGACUACCGUCGUUUUGUGGUGAAGCAAGCUAAGAUAUCUGCGCAGGAAGAAUUCGAGUUCACAAGCAACAAAAUCAGGGAAAAUUUUUCGAAUUAUUCAUCUUGGCAUUAUCGCAGUAAACUGCUGCCGAAAAUCCACCCUGCAAGACCAGGAGACACGGAGAGGAUCGAGGAACAAGCGCUUUUAAAAGAAUUUCAGUUGGUGCAAAACGCGUUUUUUACCGACCCAAAUGACCAGAGUGCUUGGUUCUAUCAUAGAUGGCUUCUGGGAAGAGCCCGAAACGAACUAGGAAUGAUAUUGGCUUAUGCCAGACGAUCAGAUGACAAUAUUUCUGUUUGUUUGCUGUAUAAUCAGCCAGUAAAGCGGGAAAACCUUUCAUCGGUUAUGCUGAAGUUGAACGAAGUCGAUGUAAACGGAGAUUGGUUCAAUCCGUUCGCAAAUUCGCUUCCGUCAUCUAUUUGGAUAGCUAGGUUAAACUUCGAUAGCAAAGAAACUGUUCAUCUGGCUGUUUCCUCCGACGAAAUGGACGUUUCAUUGACAUUGAAGAUGGAAUUAUCCGUGUGCGAGAAGUGGCUUAGAUUUUCAGACCAGAUACAGUAUGUUUUCAGAUCAGAGCUAACUGCAGUACACCAUUCGUUUCUCGAAAACGAGCUGGAAUCAUGCGAGUUGUUGUUGGAAGAGGAACCAGAUAAUAAAUGGACUAUUCUCACCAUUGUUUUACUAAUGAGAGCCAUAAAUCCGAUGAAAUAUGCAGAAAAAGUUGAAAGCUAUUUGGAAAGGCUUUGUGGAAUUGAUUAUUAUAGGAAAGAAUAUUACAUCGAUUUAGAUAGUAAAUAUAAACUCGAGAAUACUAUAGAAAAACAUUUAAAGGAAUUCAAGGAAAAAGAAAAUGAACGUUCCAGAACAAUUCAAUUAACAAAUAUGAAAUUAUCAUACCUUUCUCACAUGGAACAGUUACUCCUUAUGACACACAUCGAUUUAUCCGGGAACAAAAUUCGUCACCUGGAUGACUGCAAUAUGCUACGAUGUGCGAGAAAUAUUUGUGCCGACAACAACCAACUCGAUGUUAUCGUAAGACAAGGAAUAUUAAAUCUACCGUGUUUGCAGGAAUUAUCAUUGAAAAAUAACAAUAUCCACGAAAUUUCAUGCUUGAACGUACUAAAAGGAUGCAGGAAUUUAAAGAUACUUAAUUUACAAAAUAAUCCAAUAGAAAACUUACUAAACUGGCGACAGGAAGUGAAAGCAAUAAUUCCAUGGUUGGAAAAAUUAAAUUGUGAAAGCCUUUAGUAAAAUUUCCUCAUGACUAAGUAUUGUAUCAGUAAAAGCUCUUAAAUUUCAUUCUAAAUUUUCCACAAUAGAAUUUUAUUUAAAAGCAAUAUUGCAGAGACUAGCCUUAUCAUUGCAUUGACCAUUGACCAUAAUUACCAACACAGAAAUUUGUUUAGUUGAGAAAAUUGAUUAGUUGAAAUAAAGUGAAGGAAUGUUGUUAUUUUGAGCUUCAAAAGUGAAAUACUAAUGUACUUAUAUUUUCAAUUCAGUACAGUUGUAAAAGGAGGUCUUCAGGGUUUUAAUAUUGAUUAUCAUGUAUUUGCUACGAAAGUGAAGUGUUUCAGAUGAAAAGAAA